CAGGAAUGUCUUCUGAGCCCACUUCAUCUGCCUCGCAGCAGUCCCCCACCUCUCCACCCUCACCUAGUUCUCUCCACCUGCCCGAAACCCGCAGGGCAAGAGACCGCUCCCCGUCGCCCAUGAGAGGGUACCUCAUUCCCAGCCCGCUGCCCACCCGACGGACCAGGACCUUCUCAGCAACCGUGAGAGCAUCGGAGGGUCCUAUCUACAAAGGUGUCUGCAAAUGCUUCUGUCGCUCCAAAGGCCAUGGAUUUAUUACCCCUGCAGAUGGAGGGCCUGACAUCUUUGUACACAUCUCUGACAUCGAAGGCGAGUAUGUUCCAGUGGCAGGUGACGAGGUCACCUACAAGAUGUGCACCAUCCCCCCGAAGAACGAGAAGCUGCAGGCGGUGGAGGUGGUGAUUACCCAUUUGGCUCCUGGAACCAAGCACGAGACCUGGUCGGGGCAUGUUGUCAGCUCCUGAGGUGCCCCAGAGGGAGCACGGUCACUGCUCAACACCUGGCUGCAGUGAACCUGUGCUAAGAAUA